GAGCCCGGGCCGGCGGGAGACACGAUGCGCCGCGUCCUCCGGCUGCUGCUCGGCUGCUGCCUGGCCGAGCUGUGCGCCCGCGUGUGCCGGGCGCAGGAGCGGGCCGGGCACCCGGGGCACGGGCAGCUGGCGCAGCUGGGCGGCGUGGUGCUGCUGGCGGGGGGCAACCGCUCGGGGCCCGCCGCCGGGGAGGCCGGCGAGGGCGCGGGGGUCUCGGACGCGCCGCCCACGCGGGCGCCCACGCCGGACUCCUGCCGCGGCUACUUCGAUGUCAUGGGCCAGUGGGACCCGCCGUUCAACUGCAGCUCGGGCGACUUCGUCUUCUGCUGCGGGACUUGUGGCUUCCGCUUCUGCUGCACCUUCAAGAAGCGCCGGCUGAACCAGAGCACCUGCACGAACUACGACACGCCGCUCUGGCUCAACACCGGCAAGCCCCCCGCGCGCAAGGACGACCCCCUGCAUGACCCCACCAAGGACAAGACCAACCUGAUCGUCUACAUCAUCUGCGGGGUGGUGGCCGUCAUGGUGCUGGUGGGCAUCUUCACCAAGCUGGGGCUGGAGAAGGCGCACCGGCCCCAGAGGGAGCACAUGUCCAGGGCCCUUGCGGAUGUCAUGAGGCCACAAGGUCACUGCAACACAGAGCACAUGGAGAGGGAUCUCAACAUUGUGGUCCACGUCCAGCACUAUGAGAACACGGACACCAGAGCCCCCAUAAAUAACCUCCACCCCACCCAGAUGAACAACGCAGUCCCCACCUCCCCUCUCCUCCAGCAGAUGGGUCACCCCCACUCCUACCCCAAUCUGGGGCAGAUCUCCAACCCUUACGAGCAGCAGCCACCCGGCAAAGAGCUGAACAAGUACGCCUCCUUGAAAGCAGUGGGAAGUUCUGAUGGUGACUGGGCAGUGGCGACACUUAAGUCACCAAAAGCUGACAAGGUGAACGAUGACUUCUACACUAAGCGCCGGCAUCUGACAGAGCUGGCGGCCAAGGGCAACCUCCCCCUGCAGCCCGUGCACCUGGAGAAUGAGCCACGGGCCUUCAGCCCAGAGCACGGCCCUGCCAAGCAGAAUGGACAGAAGUCCCGUGCCAACAAGAUGCCUCCCCAUCCCCUGGCCUACAACUCCUCCACCGCCAAUUUCAAGGGCUGGGACCCCAACGAGCAGUCUCUCCGGCGUCAGGGCUAUGGCAACAAGACCAAGCUGGGGACAGCCGAGUCAGGCUCCGGUGACCCCUUGGGACCUCGCCCCCAGCACUAUCCACCCCCACAGCCAUACUUCAUCACCAACAGCAAAACAGAGGUGACUGUCUGAGCUCUCCUGCUGGAGAGCAUCCUGGAGACCACACUCAACUGAGAGAGGCAAAAAAUAUUAAAGAAUAACCCAGUC